AUGUCUUGCCUUUCAGCGAAAGAUGAAGGGGAUGCAUUUGAUGUUACAUUUAGUUUUUCGGCCGGGGGUUGGUUUCAAAUGUAUCACUGUGGUGUCUGUCAGGCGAUUGUUGACUGUGGAAUUAUUGGGAAAUUUGCUGCGGAGGGCAAGCGUAUUCGCUUUGCUGGAUGCAGCGCAGGCGCACUUGCUGCUGCAUGUAUGGCCUCAAAGUGCUAUCGGUUCAAGGAAAUCCGUGAGUUUCUAAUACAGUGUGCGGAACACUAUCGCGGCUCAUGGUUGAACCUGUUUUGUAUGAAGCAGUACCUUGAAGAAUCCUUAGAUAAGUUUGGUGCUCACUUGAGGGAUUUGGAGAGGAAACCACGGACGCACGAAAUGCUUAAUGAUGGAUCUCUAGAGAUAUUUGUCACGACGCUUCCAAAUAUGAAACAAAAAGUGCUGACGGAGUUCCAUUCGUAUGAGGACGUUGUGGAAGCCUUAAAGGCCUCAUGUUGCAUGGCGCCGCUGGUGGGAGCACCCUUUCGUUUGCGAGGAACCGGGGAAUGGGUCUGUGAUGGGGCAGUAGCGACCGUGAUCCCCCAUAAAGAUAACCCCAAAACAAUUACGGUGAGUCCUUUCUAUUCCAGCACAGCGACGGUUCAUCCCACCAUUUUUGUGCCCAUGUGGUGGGGACUACGCCCUCCCGGGAAAGUUGCUUUCCGGAACCUUUUUUCUCUGGGCUACAAUGACAUGAUAGAAGGUCUGGUAAUGAACGGCUACCUUACACCCGAUGAGGGUGAGUCAAUGCUGAAACCUGAAGUAAAGUUUCUACCUGGUGGCGGUGUGAUUGUUUCUUGCGCUUCGCAUUUGCUUGAUUUUUUGGUCUUUCUAUUUGUUCGUCCUGUUGUGGUUUGUUGCAUUUACGCUGAGCUUGCUUUUAUGAGCGGCGUGUACUUCCUAAAGGGGUUGGUAUUCUUGGACAGCAGACCACUUGCUAGAAUGUGCGACAACGUGAGAAACAUGGUCUCAAUUCGUACUUUGGGCAGACUUAUCUUUGGCGAGGUGGUGCCGCACAAUGGUGAACGCCUGGAAAAAAGUUCUCGGCUUUACCGUCUGUUUAAUCCAAUCAUCUUGGGAGGAAAAAAGAACACGGAAAGAGCUGUCAUGAGUCCUACAGGUGUUUCUAAUGGUAAGAGGCCUUCGCUAUCGCCCAAUACAUGCAAGAGGGCGAGGGCUGCUGCCAAACGGACAUCGCAGGAAAGUUAG